AUGGAUGAAAAAACUCUUAAAGAUUUCCUGAGCUGCCACGUUUGUUUAGAGACUUUCAAAGAUCCGGUGUCUCUGAGCUGCAGCCACAACUUCUGUUCAAGCUGCCUGAAAGAGUUCUGGGAACAAAAUAAAAACAGAAACUGUCCCAUCUGUAAAAGAAAAGCUUCUAAAGAGUUUGUUGUGAACUUUUCACUGAAGGGACUUGCCGACUCCUUUGCUGGAAGACAGACAGGUGGAUCGUAUGAGACUGAAAAAGAUAUUUGUAAGAAACACUCAGGAAUACCUCAACUGUUCUGUAGAGACGAACAGAGAACUGUGUGUUCUGUCUGUGAGUUUUCUCUGCACCAGAACCACAAAGUGGUUCCUGUAGAAGAAGCAGUCGGUGAGCUGAAGGAGCUGCUGAAAUCUGACUUAAAGUCUCUGCAGGACAAGAGGAACAAAUACAAACAAGUGGAGGAAACAUAUAAAGAUGUGGUUCAACACUUGGAGAAGCAGCUGCUGUCCACAGAGAAGCAGAUCAGAGCAGAGUUCAACAAACUCCUGCAGUUCCUGAAGGAGGAAGAGGAGUCCAGACUGGCAGCUCUGAGGGAGGAAGAGGAGCAGAAGGGGAGGAGAAUCAGCGGGGAGAGGAAGAGGAUCCAGGAGCAGAUCUCCUCUCUGUCAGACAGCAUCUCUGCUGUGGAAGAAGAGCUGCAGAAAGACGACAUGUCGUUCCUCAGCAGGUUUAAACCCACCCGGGACAGAGCCAGAGAGCAGAGCUCAGUGUCAGAUCCACGGCUGCUCUCAGGAACUCUGGUAGACGAGGCCAAACACCUGGGAAACCUGGCCUUCAGAGUCUGGGAGAAGAUGGGGGACCAGGUCCACUUCAGCCCGGUGGUUCUGGACCCAAACACUGCAAAACGCAAUCUCUAUCUGUCUGCUGAUCUGACCAGUGUGAGAUAUGAAGAUACAUGGCAGCAGCUUCCUGAUAAUCCAGAGAGAAACUUCAAAUACGCCGAUGUGUUUGGUUAUGAGGGUUUGACCUCAGGGAAACACAGCUGGGAGGUGGAGGUGGGAGAUCAUCCUCUCUGGAAUGUUGGUUUGGUUAAAGACUCAUAUGACAGGAAGGGAAAGGUGUUUGCUUCACCUAAAUAUGGAAUCUGGUGUUUGUCGUAUGGUGAUGGAAAAUACAGCAAUGGUGCUGGUGACACCGUCACGGUGGAGACGAGUCUCCGGAGGAUCAGAGUCCAGCUGGACUAUGACGGGGGGACGGUUUCCUUCUACAACGCUGAAGACAUGACACACAUCUACACUCACAGAGACACUUUCACUGAGAAACUCUUCCCUUUUUUCACUGUUGGAAAGUGUGGUGAUGGAAAAACUUCUGAGAUCAGAAUCUGUCAGACAAAGAAAAGAUUAACCUGA